GUAUUUAAGUCCUGCCUUCUUCGCAUCAGCCAGUGCCACCACAACGGAUUGGCUGUCUCUGUUUUCAACCUGAACUUCCUAUUGUACCAACCAACAGCUGCUGAUUGGCGAGUUACUAUGGCGAAUCCAGACAGAGAAAUCAGAAUUGCCGUGAUGGGUGCAACCGGCAGCGGCAAAUCCAUGUUUAUCAAUAAAGCUAGCGAAUCGAACCUUCCUGUUAGUAGCGGCCUCGAGAGUUGCACCAGCGAGGUGCGAACUUCACGGCCGUUCAUCGUCAGUGGACGUGUCAUCACCCUGAUCGAUACACCGGGGUUCGAUGAUACGACCCGCAGUGAUACAGACGUUUUGGCCAUGAUCGCUGCAUAUCUCUCCAGGACCUACAAGCAUGGCGCCAGGCUCGCAGGUGUUAUCUAUAUGCACCGCAUUUCCGACUUCAAGAUGGGCGGCACAUGUUCCGCGAGCUCUGUGGAGAAAGCUCGCUCAAAAACUGUUCUCAUUGUGACCAACAUGUGGUCCGAGGUGAAACCCGAAAUUGGCGAGGCCAGAGAGUCCGAGCUCGCGGGCAAGGACAAAUUCUUUAAACCUGCUAUCGAGAAGGGAGCUCGCAUGCUCCGUCACGAUGGCACCCUCGAAUCCGCACAUAUCACUCUCCGUUGUCUCCUCGACAGCCACUCAGCACCGCUCGCCAUUCAGCAGGAAAUCGUUGAUGAGCAGAUGUCCAUCGAGACAACCGCCGCGGGUUCUGAGCUCAGGCGUGCCCUCAACGAGCAAGCUGAUCGUAACAAAGAGGAGAUCCGCAAUCUCAGAGCAGAGAUGGAAGCCGCUAUGCGGGCCAAGCACGAAGAGAAGAGGGGCAAGGUUCAAAGAGAGCUCGAGAAAAAGCAGCAGGAAUCUGAGUUCGAUGCCGAACUCAAACGCCUCGAGGCUCGAAUCGCGCAGAUGGACGACGAGCACCAGAAGCAACUCAAGGCGCUGGAGGGCCUUCAAGGCGAUAUAGCCAGAGUGCAGAGUGAGACACGGAAGCAAGAGGAGGCUGCAGCCGCCAAGAAAGUCGAAGAAAACACCCAGUCGCGUAUUAUGGAGCAACAAAGGUUAGCCGACCAGCGCGAGGAAGAGGAACGACGGAAGCUAGUUCCUCCGUCGGCAGAGCAAAGCUCAAAGCUAGCAGAACAAGUAGUGUCAGAAACAAGCUAUGAAUAGGAAGAAGAGCCAAACACCCGAAGAAGAAGUGACGAAGCCGCGAAAACGAACUCGAGCAACUGAAUAUGGACUACUGAACGAAUAGGAUCUGACGCUGGACUCGGAGUGCC